AUGCACCAUGACUCAGUGCCAGUCACCAUCCGCUUUCUGGAAAAGGCUCUGGUCCUCCUCUGGCUGCUCAGCGUCUUCCUGCACCGCCUGGGGCAGCACUCCUGGCUGCCUGAAGGGAUCUCUGCCUUGCUCUAUUUUGGCUACUGUUGCUUUGCUGUCCCCCUCUACACCCCCUGGGACCUUCUGCUGCCAAAAACCGGCUUUGUGCUGGGGACCCGGAGCCUGCACCCUGUGCGCUUGCCUGUAGCUACUGCCUUCAGCAGGCGGGAGAGAGGGGAGCGCUGCCGGCCCGGGGGUGCGGGCAAGCGGCCAGCGGCAGCGGGGCUGAGCCCCGGCCCGAGCGGAGCCCGGCGGCGGAGAUGGGGCCAGCGGAGGGGUCCGGCCGUGCUGCUCCUCGCCCUGGGGAGGGGGCGGGCAACCUGGCCGGGCCUUGCUGCCAGCGGGACCCCGCCUGCGUCCGACGCUUACCGGGCCCCUUUCGACUGCGUCCUCAAGCUGGGGGACAGCAUGGCCACCUACGAGGAGGAGGAGGGCAUCGAGCUGCAGGGGCUGCACAGAGUCUGCAGGUACUGGGAUGAAUUCCACACCUGUGCCCUGACAGCACUCUGGGAAUGCCAGAAGGAAGCAGUAGCUGUCUGGGAGAUGCUGAGAAGGGAGUCCCGAAAAAACAGAUUUCAAGGCAGCUUGUUCGACCUCUGCAGCCCCAGCAUGGCCCAAAGCUCUGCCUGGACCCACGUUCCCAACGUUUCCAUCCUCAGUAUCCCCCUCAUCGUCACUUGGGUGAACUUAUAAACUGCAGCUCUGUGAGUAUCCCAUCAAAGGCAGUGGCAGUUUGUGCCCUGGCAUCUUUCUGAUCCUUUUUCCAAACCUGAGGAAUAUCCUGCGUGGAGCUCAGAGACACUCGGCUCCAUCCUGUGCCUGUGGGACAUGGGAGAGCUUGGCAGAAUCUCCUGGGUGUUCCUGUUGGUCUGUAAUUUGGAAUAAUGCCUGUCCACUUCUGCUUCAAGACAGAGACAGAUCUGGCUGUCUGGAGAAUUUGGGAACUUAUAGGUAUGGGGCAGAGGAUUUAGGGAAAAGUGAUAAAUUCUGGAAAAAUGGCAAAUGUUGGACUCUUCCCACUCUUCUAUGGCUACUGGAAGGAAACCUGUUUACUUUGCUGACUCUUUCCACCAGAUCAACUCUCCAAGUUUUUGAUUUGGGCACUGAGAACAAGAUGGGCAUUUUUACCACUGUUCUGUGAGGUGCAGGGGGGUGGUGUCUGUUCUGUCACAGGCAUAAGGGAGACCUUCUGCCCUGUAUUGGCCCUUUUGCUUUAAGGACAUGGUGAAACCCCUGCUGAAGAAUAAUCACAGUUGCAUGACUUGUCUUGCACACAUCUGGAUUCCUGAGUAACUCCUGUGUAAUGUGUAAAUCCCUUUUCUAAGGACACAGAGAGCAAAAAUAUUUUGAUCGAGGGAGAGUGUCAAGGCAGGACAAAAGGGAUUUAUAGCAACUCCUGCUUUGAAGCUUUCCCCAAAGGUACCUGUAAGCAGCUCUGUGGGUAGAAGUGUGUAAUUCCAGAGUAUUAAAGUGUGUUGUAGAGCCU